AUGGGGUUGCCAGCAGCCAGUGGACACCAGAUGGGAAGGAAAACCACACUCCCACCGUUUGCCUCUGCCUGUGGGGCGCUGCCCCCACAGUGCCUCGCAGAACUUCCUGUAAAAGCCAAGCAGCUGGAAACCCUUGCUGUCUACUCUGCGCUGCAGCAGAUGGGGGAUGACACCCAGCUUCUUCACUCAGGGAUCACUUCCCUGCAGCACAUUCCCAGAGCCAGGCUUCCCCACCAGAGAUGUGAAGAUUCUAGGCGAUGUUUGUUCUUGUUUGUUGUCAACAUGUAUGAGGGUGGAUACCCCACUGGUCAGGCGAGCCUCACGAUCCCUGUUCCUCAGUUCCAGCCCAAUCAAUGGCCACACAGGGGAACCCGCAGCACAGCUCUCAGAUCCAGAAAUCCAGAGUCCACUCACAAGAAGAGCUCCUCCACCAAAUCACUGAAAAAUAAAAUGAGAAAUGAGUCGCCACCAUAUCCCCUCUAG